UCUAUAAGUUAUUUUAGAAUAUAAGCUUUCAUUGUGUGAGGGAGUAUUUUUCUUUAUUGUCUGAGGGAGUAAAAAGGCUUUUAUUAUCUAGAAUAUAAGCUUUUAUUGUGUGAAAAGUACUCUCUUAGUCAAUAAAGGCUUAAGCUAUUCCUAAAGAUCUAUAUGGAUCAUUACAGAGGUUUUUUUGACUAACAUUGUGGAUUAAGGAGUGUGAGGAACGCUUCAGGAUUUUAUUAUCUGCCUUAGCAAAAAUUUGGUGCGAUUAGUGCACUAGAAAGCCCCUUGAAUCUUGUCAUCUGCCUCUUUUGCUUAGGUCCAUCUUGACGUGAUCUGGUACACUAGUGCAAUAACAAGUGUUGAACCAAGGAUGGCUCGGCUACUCGAGCGAGGCUGCAAUUUUCUUGCUAAGAAAAAUUACGCUCUGAUACUUUAAGUCAUAUUAUCUUAGCAGUUGUGAUUGCUGAUUACAGAUAACAUCUCAUCAUAUGAGCAGGAUAGUUCGUUACCAAGGAAAUGAAAUUACUCCAUUUUGAGUCGAAAAUUCAAAAGCAUGCUCGAGUCGCUUUGAGCAUAUGUUUUCCUGGUUUGUUAAUCAUCAUGCGAACUAUCAGUGUCUUAUAUCUUGAGUCAUUUCUUGGCACAGGAAGCCAAUUUCUAAUCCAUCACCAUUUAAAUUCAGAACUGUCCAUUAAGGUUCUGGCACAAAUGAUUGAUUUAUUUUUGUGGGUAUAGCAUGACUUUUAUAAAGAAGUUUGAAUGAAUAUAUUUUCUGUUGUAUUUAUCAUGAGUAUGUUCAGAAGACGAUUCUAGGAUAUUCAUCUUGCUUAAUUAUCUUUUGGUAUAACUGUUUAAUGUAUCAAUGGUAGGCAUUGGAUCUUGGAAGAGGUGCUAAUCCAAAUAGUUACAUGGUUGAAGAGAUCUGGCAGGAGCUUGCAAAAGCAAAAUACUUGGAGUGGGAGCAUGAAUCUUCAAGACGCACUUGGGAACUUAAGAAACUGAAAGAAACCUGUGAGUCAGCUCUCAAGGAGAGACAUGGGCGUGAUAGCUCUCAGAUAGAAGGGUUCAUAGAUAGAUCGACAUCCCUGGUAAAGCAACUGGACGCUUUAGGCAGGGUUUUCAGGAAAGCUGCAGAAGAUGAUACUCCCACCGAGUUACCUGAUUACUUAUGUUGUAAGAUCACACUUGACAUUUUUCGUGACCCUGUCAUCACGCCCAGUGGGGUUACAUAUGAAAGGGCAGUGAUCCUUGACCAUCUGGAUAAGGUGGGAAAGUUUGAUCCGGUCACACGAGAACCCCUUAAACCAUCUCAGCUGGUGCCAAAUUUGGCUUUAAAAGAAGCUGUACAUGCAUUUUUGGAUAAGCAUGGCUGGGCAUACAGGAUGGGUUGAACCUUUUCGUGGUAUGGUUGAUAAAUGUCGAAUGGGUAUCUCAUUGUUCGAUGCCACAUCCAGCCUUAUUUGUCAUUAACCCCGGUUUACCAUGUAAUGAUUGUUCUUACAGUUGUACAGGAGUUCUUUUGCGAUGGCUUAUUGGUGUUCAUCAAUUGUACAGUACUCUUAGCCAGUGUUUGUGUAUUGGUUUAGUGGUCUUUUUUCUUAUCCAUGAUGUUACAGUGAUCUUGUUUAUUACAUGAAAGGAUACUAAAGCAUUAAUUGA